AUAUAUAACUGCCCCUCGUACACGCAAACUAAAAAUGCAUGCUUGAAGACGUUCAGAACCUACUCUAGCGUGGUGGUGUAGGAGUACUGAAGGGGAACGGCUUUUGGCUGAUUUCACUGAGCAGCUAACGGCUGGCUUUAAAUAAAUUUAAAAACGCUGCACUGUAGAUGUAGCCUAUGCGUAACUUCAGUUUGUUUUUAGUACGAAGACUGAGAGAAACGAACUGCAUGCUAAUGUUCAGCAAUCAGCAAUGCUAAUCAGGAACGAAGGCAAACGGCAAGAGUACUGUUAACCGUCUAACUUCAGAUCUUUAUUUUUAAUCUUUAAUUUGAAUACUUUGUCGUUCGCUGUAAUGAGCAAAUAAAGGCAAACUGUCCUUCCCAUCUACCUAACUUUGUUGGCUGCAUCGUUUGGUGCAACCCACGCUCCUAUCUCCUCAGCAUCCACUCAAAGCACUACCACCACGUGGAUAGAUCGGAGUACUGUUUAUGAAGGAGCCAAGUUGUUGGACUGGGGCAGAGUCUUUCUGCUAUAGGAAAUUGAUGCAAAUACUGCGUCUAACUACAGGAAACCGACAUGAAACCAACAAGACUACUUUGCUGUGACUGUACUCUUGAAUUUGACAACUUCUCAUGCUACAAAGAACAUGCAGGGACCAAGGAGCACCAGCAGCAAGUGGCAGAGACGUUUCAGACAGUUCCACACAAUGGACAAGUGCAUUUGCCACGUUUUACACUGGACUGUGUGUCAGAUCCCAGGCCAUACCCAGUUAUCGGUCUUCAGCUGGUGUCGCUGUGCAUCAGCACAGAGUGGAGUGGUCCUUCCUUCUACCUGUGCCAUGCCUGCCACGAAAAGUGCCAGAGCGACAUCAUCGUAUCGCACCUGAAAUCCACGGAGCAUUACUUCUCCGUCUUCGCCUGCCUGAAUCCUGAGCGGCUCUGUUUUGGCUGGUUUCAUCCCCCAGCGAUGGUCCCAGGUCUGAAAGUUAAGGCUGAGGAGGAGGAGGAGCAGCAGGGACCUGGAGUCCUCAGGGUGAUUGAUAUGCCAAAGAAAGUGUUUGAAAAUAUUAAAACGAUGCCUUAUUUCCAGACAAUGAAGGAGCUCCCCUGCUCAGACAAACUGAAAGAGAUGUGCAGAGUUCAUCAACCAGAAAGGAUGACUGUACAGGAAUACCUCAGAAAUCCAUCAAGGACACACCCUUUACUGGGUCUGAGUUUCCUGGUGCAGUAUAGAUGUGUGGCCAGCAGCAAGCCAUGUGGAUACCUGUGUCUGCUCUGCAAGAAGAGGGUUCGAGAAUUGCAGAGCAUCGCUCACAUCAUUAGUUUUGACCAUGUCUACUGGUACCUGGAUCGUGUACACCCCUUAACAUUGCGUAUGAAAAGCAGCUACAGAUAUGGAGGGAAUUUCAGCAUACUGAUUCUGGAUCUGGCCAGGCAGGCCCAGGAGAUCAGCACCUCGGGGGCAGUCCAGGAAAUUGAACUGGACUCGGAAGACUUUGCAGAAGUCGACACUGGAAGUUAUGCCAACGCCCUAGACCUGCUGAAGGUGGUCCAUCAAGAGCAAAAUCAGAGUGAUCUUCUACCCCAUAUAACCCCUGGACCGAGACUAGUCUAUUCAAAAGGGGUGACCCAAAGCCACACAGCUGUGCUGGACCCUGUCCAAGAUUCUGAAAAGAGCUCGGCACCUGCAAGCACUGGUCCAAGGACAGCUUUAAGCCAUGGAAGAAUUUCAUGCCAGGUCUGCAGCCCAGGAGCCUGUUAUUUCAGCAUGUUGGAUUACAAAAAGCACGUGCGCGGAGUCAAGCACAAGCGGAGAGUGGAAUGCCUAUUUCAAGCAGAGCUGCACCGUGCUUCAGCAGUGCCUGUGCCGCAGAUAGUGGUGUAUGAACACAUUGUGAAUCCGCAUAAGAAAGAUCCAAUAAUUGGACUCCAUCUAGUAACAGCCUGCAUUGACACACAGACCGCAAAGCCACCCAUCUACCUGUGCCACAUCUGUCAGGACAAGUGCACCAGCAAAGUCAUCAUGGCACACCUGAUCUCCUCUGAUCAUUGCUUCUUUGCUUUGGCGUUCAUGGAUCCAGAGCGGCUCCAUUUUGGCUGGAUUCCAUCCCAGAACAUGCUGUCUAUUUUGGAGCCACAGGUGCAAGCUGUGGAGAAGGAGCAGGGAAUGGGCAUGCUGCAGCUGCUUGACAUGCCACAGAAGUGGUUUAACCAUAUGCAAGUGACACCGUACAUACCAGCCAUGAGGGAACUGUGCCAGGAAGAGGAGCUGAAGGAGAGGCUCAGAGUUAGGAGGUGGACAAAAUUGGAGCAGUACCAUAGUAACCCAAGCCGGAAAUACCCCUUGAUUGGAAUGAAUUUCCUAGUGGGGUAUAAAAGGACGGACAGCAACAAGUUUGGUGGAUACUUGUGUCUGCUCUGCAAGAAGAGUGUGCGAGAGCCUCUGGUCAUUGCUCACAUUAUUGGUUUUGACCAUGUCUUCAACUACCUGGACCUUGCACAUCCCUCUUCCCUAGGCAGUAAAAGUCUGUACAAACACUAUGAUGCCCACUAUGGUGCAAUGAUGCUUGACCUAGCAUCUCAAGCGGAGAAGAUUGAUUCUUCUGGCAGAGUCCAGGUGAUCAAAGUGGAUCCGGCCAUCUAUGAAGAAGUGGACUCAUCACAGUUUGUGAAUGCACUGAAGAAGCUACAGGCAGUCUCGGGAGAGAAAAUCCAGACUUGCAUUCCACUACUCGUGACCGUUGGACAAAGACUGGUCCCAAAGACACAAAAGCCAGCCCUGUCUUCAGAGUCAAAGUGCGUACGUCAAUCUUCAAACCCAGGACGACACCUGGCGCAGUCUUCAGAGCCUGAAGAACCCAGCCAGUCCUUUCAGAAGCUGUGGGACUACCUGAAGAACAAGGAACGGCAAGAGCCUGUGAUUGGUCUUGAUGCUGUGCUUGAAUGUACCAGUGAUGAUCUUCCUCCACACUACCUGUGUGAAGCCUGUUCUGAAAAAAUGACCAUGGACUUAAUCAUUGAUCACCUUAUAAGCCCCCGUCACAGAUACCAGUAUCUGAAAUUGCAACAUCUCCUUAGUUCUUCUGAGGAAAAGACUGGCUUGAACGCUGGAUCCCUUAAAGAGAGUGCUUUUACUGUGGAGAAAGAGAGAGGCUUUGGAGAGGCGCAGGUUUUGGAAUUGGAUGCUGAACAAUACAAAGAAAUAGUUUCGAGUUCCAUUAAUGUUGCUCUGAACAGGCUGCAGACUAUCCAGAAACAGCAGAGUGACCUUCAACCCCUUGUGACCUCUGAACAAAAACUGGUCAAAGGACAGAAGGUUCAAAGCCAUGCGGCUUCACCAGCACCCAAACAGGCUUCAGAAAGUAAAGCCAUUCGGAAGAAUGUCAACACACAAGAGCCUACGGAUGAACCCUCACUGAAUGUAAAACGUACAGGGAAGAGCUUGUUUGUUGGACAACCAGAUGAAACCCCGGUGUCAAAAUUGCUGGACAACUACCUCAAGAGCAAGCAGAGAAAAGUACCCGUUAUUGGUCUGAGCUCAUUGAUAGAGUACCAUGGUGACAACAAGCCUAACUUUCUGGAGUGCAAAACUUGCUACAAAACAGUACCCAUAAACGGUGUUAUUGGCCACCUCAUUGGACCCACUCAUCGAUACAAGUACAUUAAGUCGAAGCACCCUGACCUCCUGGAAGGAUGGAGUGAAAAUCCCAGCAUGACAAACAACAUCCAAAAACUGCACACUAUAGCGGAACUCGUUGAGAAGAAGGAAGGCUGGGGACAGUUCAAGGUACUUAAAUUGGAGGACAGUUCAGCUGAGGAAAUGGGACCAACUUCCAACAACAAAUUAGCUACUGAGAAGAGUAAAGUGACGGCCCAAGUCAGGGAUCGUAAAAGCACGGAGACACAGAGGGAGCCUUCUGCUCAGAAACGAGCUGCUCCGAUGCCACCAGAGGAGAGUCCUGUUCAGAAACCACCUGCUCCAAUGCCAUCAGAGGUCCAGAGGAUGUCUGACCUCUUGACAUAUUUUCAUAAGGGGAAGAACUGGAAGAAUCUUCCACUUAUUGGACUGAGGGAAGUAAUGGAAUGCAGUGCCGUCAACUGGGGAGUUUUUUACAUCUGCAAAGUCUGCAAUGUCAUGAUAAGCAAGAAGCGCAUCAUACAUCAUGUUGCUGGACUGUGGCAUCGUGCUGCUUACAUUAAAGCACUGUACCCCAGUUGGCUCAAAAAGGGUGCAAGGUUAAACAAGCAACAGUCUCACAUCCUGAAGCUGGCCAGAAUUGUUCAAGACAAGGAGGGCAUUGGAGAUGUGCAGCUUGUGGAGCUGGAUGUUGAGCUGUACAAGAGACUCCACUCAAUGUCUGCUGACAAUGCCCUCAAGCAUCUCCAGAUGGUCCUGGAAGAACAGAGUCAGAACAAAGACCAAACAGAACCAGAAGAAGACACCAUGGGUGUGCAACGCAGCCCUUCCUCAAUUCAUCCUGAACCCACCCCAAAACAACCCCCCUGCUUGCUCAACCCGCAUAAUGUAACUGUGAAACAGGAGAAGUUGGAGAGUUGGGAACACUCUGAAGAACCCGUCCAGGACCCACAGCACCCAGAACCAGAGCAGGUUGCUGCCAGCAAGAAUUCAGCCCUUCCUGAGCAACCUGUGCUUCUUUCCAAAGACACAGAGCUAAAACAAGUUGCCGUUAAACAGGAGCCAGUAGAAAUUCCAGCAGUUCCACAGUGCCCAGAAACAGUUACCGUGAUAGAAGAUGCAGUCAAGAGUUCUGGUCUUUCUGAAAAACCACUUCAGACUUCGAACCAUGAAGAGUUACAGUGGGCUCCCUUCUGUGAGAAGGUUUACCAAGAGAUGACACCCCGUGUCCCUCCCCAAGACCCCCGACGGGCUAUGCCUAACAGGGUGGAAAUUCCAGUUGGUGAGAGCCACUUUUCCAAGUUCCUGCUGUCAUUAGUGACCCACAAGCCGGAGCCCCUUGUUGGUCUGGGAGCUGUGGUGGAGUGCCGCAGCUUUAUGCAGGCAACCUUUUACCUGUGUCUGACCUGCGCAGAGAAGGUCAGCAAGAACCACAUCUGUAACCACAUCAUCAGUAACUGCCAUCAGUACCGCUACAUUUGCUCCCAGUACCCUGAUCUUGUCCCGGACUGGAAGAACAACCCCACUGGUGUUGCCUGGUGGGUGCAGGAUCACGAGAGGGUCUGGGACGUCCAGGUUAUGAAAUUGGAUCUGAACAUGUAUAAUCAAGUGGCGUCAGUUCCCUUUGGCGUGGCCUUGGACGUGCUGCAGGGGACCCGUAGAGAACAGAACCAGAGUUGCUUUCGACCCCUCGUGACCCCUGGUCACAGACCAAUCAUAGUGAAUAAAUGGACACUUUCACCUUGGGAGGUCCCAAAAACACCUCAGCAGAAUCCAGGCCGGACAGAAUCACCAAGAGCUUCCACUGAAGAGGCCAUUUCACAUCAGGAGACUGCACUUGGUCCAGAACAGGUCCAAACUGUGCUUCGUCCAGAACAGGAUCCAAAACUCACAGAAUUGGAUGGAAGGUCCCCUUGUUACUCAGUCUGUAUCAGUGAAAAGAGGCAUCAGGGCCCUGGUCUCCCACAGGAGCCGUCUCAGGAUCCUAAGGAGGUGGAGAGACAGAGCGUCGAUACCGUAGCGGAAACGGCCGAGCACGGAGGAGCUUCAGACGAACCCGAGCGGGAGCCACAAAACCCCAGCCGGGCCAGAGCGGCUGAGGCGGAGGCAGUGCUGGCCCAGGCGUCGCGGUGGGAACCCUGGCUGAAUCUGAAGGGCACAGAGACAGACAAAGCUCCUGUAGAGAAGGCAUGCCGCCCCACUCUGGACUUACAGACCUAUAUGGAGGAUCCUUGCAGGACUCAGCCACUGGUUGGUCUGGGAGCAUUGAUUGAAUGUCGCGGUGAAAAGCAGGUGUCAUUCUACCUGUGCAUGGCCUGCCGCAUCCUCCUGAAAACCCGCUUCAUCGAACACAUCAUCGGACCCAAGCACCGCAACAGUUACCUGUUGAAAAGACGCCCAGAUCUCUUCAGGGAGGGGAGCACUCCUCAGGACUCUGCUAAGAAGUCCAGCUACCUGCUGGAGGUGGCAAAGGAGGUGGAGCGUGGAGAGUGGGGAGGUGUCAGGGAAAUCCAGAAAGUGUCGCUUGAUUCUGCAACCUACACGAAAGUGAAAUCUAUGCCAUUUGACAAAGCCCUCACCUUGGUGCAGACUUUUUAUAAACAACAGAACCACAGUGAUCUCCAAACACAUGUGACGCCUACACAGAGACCAGUUAUGGUGAAACAAGAGAAAGUUGAAAGUGAAGAAUGUUCUGAGAAAUCCAUCCAGGACCUGCAGAUCACUGGUUCGGACAUUUGCAAGUUGAAGGGCCAGUCACAAGAUGCUCCACAAGAGUCUGUCCAGCACCCCAAAAGUAGUGGGACAGAAGGCAGUCCUGGUGUGGAGAAUGUGAUUAAUGCUGCGACAGCGUCUGGUCAGGAGCAUCAGUCGGGUUCAGGGGUGAAGUCAGCAUUGAUUGGUCUACAGCGGGUGAUCAAGUGUGUCAAUGUCGAUGGAUGGCCUCCGCCUUUCUACCUGUGCCAGGCCUGUUCAACCAAACUGACCGGUGACCAGCAGACCAUUAUCAAGCACCUGACCAGUGGCCAGCAUCUGUACUUUUACAUUAUAUCCCAUCACCCCAAGCGCUUGGACAAAGAGAAGAAGGCAGGCAGUCUGACCUGUGGAAUGACAAACCUGGUCCAGUUUGUAGCAAAGAAGCUGGAGGAGGAGGAGGGGAGCGGCAGUUUCCAGGUGAUUAAUAUGUCCAAAGAAGUCCAUGAAAGACUCAAGCAAAAAAAUUAUGAAUACUGCAUAAAGAUGCUGCAAGGCAGUAAUGGUGUGGAGAAGGGGCAGUCCUGCAGUAAACCAGGAAAGGGGAAUCCUGCCCAGCACACAGCCCCGAGGCUUCCAGAUCAGACUCCGCAGAAUUCAGGCCCUCGCUCAGAAAGAAAUGGUCCGUCCACCUGUCGUCCUCCUGUGGUGUCUGAUGGUCACCGUCUGGCUGAGAUGAGAACCCAGGAAAGAACCAGUGGGAGCCAGCGGACAAACCACUUGGAGUCUUCCAGAGUUUUGUCCACCCACCACCCCUCAGCUUCCACGGGCUGUCCCUCUCUUGAACGUGGCCCAAGCCAGCCCCUCACCCUAAGUCAUCUGGAACGUGUCUCGCAAAGGGCCAGUGAACCCCGGGCAAGCACCCCUGGGCCUGCCCACAACCCUUGUGACACCACAUCCCAACCAGUUUUCCCAAGCUUCACCAAGCUUCCCCCAGCAAAAAGAGCCAGCCUACACCACCCCUCUCAGGCAACAGCUUCCUCUGGUACCAAUGACAGGAGGUCUUUUGCCAAUGAGGGUGGGGACCAAGGACAGCAGAUAUCCACAGUAACACACCUGCACUCCCCAGUGGCUGUCAGGGGGCUUACUGCAGUGUCAGCAGGGGAUAGACGGCACGAGGUCAGGGAUGAGGCCCCGUGGAAUUAUGAAAACCGCCAGUUCACCUCCGGCCUCUUGCAGGCAAAGCGGAGCCGCGGGGCUCACGACCCUGGAGAGGGUGCCCCAGACCGCCACCUCUCAGACGGGGCCCCCAGACCCUCGGGCACUCAGAUACACGGGGCCAAAGGCGGCCACUGCGGCAGCAACAUAUUCAUCAGCCCAUCAAAGACAUUGUAUGAACAGGAGUUCCUGUCAUCCUGUUGGGACACGAGAGAGUUGACCCAUAGUCCGGCCAUGCCAAAGGGGGUGCAAGAUAUGGACAUGAAUAGCUGGAGCGAGUGCCUGAAAAAUGACUGGCAUUCCAAAGAAGGCACCAGCAGGAUUGUCAUCCGAUCAUCCUCCGCUGGGGCACCCCAAACUAUGCGCCGCACCACCACUGCCUGUCCCAGGAACACAUCAGCAGGCAGGGUGCCUCAGUCAAUGUCUGUUUUGGGGAAGAGAUUCAAACAGAGCUCAAGCACACAGUGUAACACAACAAACAACAUCACCAACAGCAGGCCCUCAGACUUUGAUCCUCCUCCAGUAAAGAUCCCAGGGCUGGACUACACUGACAUACAGGAGAGCCCUGCUGAGAGAUUACUCACCUGCUGGAAAACAGCAAUGGGAGGAGAGGUGAGCCCUGCUUCUGGAAAUAGGAAGACCGAGUAAUCCAGCUGCGUGUUUAUGAAUCCAGGGAGUCUGCGAUUCUUGGGGUCAAGAGUUAGAGGAAUCUCAGCCCUGUACCCCCCAAAAAUCAGGGUCCAUAACAAUUCUGAGCCUGAAAAAGAGGGGGAAAAGAACAAACUACCCCAAAUUCUACCUAAAAGCCUAAGGAAAUGACGGGAACUCGCAAAACACAAACUGAGAAUGUAGAAGCGUGUUGCAUGUUCUAGGAAGUGUCAGAAAAAUAACUGAUUUUCUAUAUUUUAUUUCAACAAUGGAGAUAUUUGUCAAGUGUAUUUUUGUGGUUUUCAAUUUUUAUAUUUUUUACUGAUACCAUUUAUCACAAAUAAUUUUUUUCUGAACUGCAUCACACAAUGAUGUGUUUCUAGUCUUUUUUUAAUCUUUGAAAAGUAUAGAUUUGGUUGUUGUUUUUGCAUACUUAGCAGAUAUAAAGUUGAACCACUUAUAUAAGUAUGUUGAAUGUUUUGAUAAAGAAAUUUGGAAAAGCUUCAA